AUGCCCGUCUUCACCGAGUAUGCUGCCGCGUCGCGCGAGCUACGCGUUCUUCCUUCUUUCGCACCCCCACUGCCACGCCUCGCACCAAAGCUACAACCGGAUAACAACACUGAAAGGUAUGAGGUUGUCAUUGUGGGAGCUGGUCCAGCAGGACUCAUGCUUGAACUCUUACUGGCGCGAUAUGGAUUGAGCGACGAGUCGUUACUGUGUGUAGACACCAAGCCGACCACAUUGAAGUCGGGCCAGGCCGAUGGCCUGCAACCGCGGACAUUGGAGACGUUGAAGUCGCUGGGAUUAGCAGAUGAAAUUCUCACCGAGGGAUGCCAGCUAUGGCAGGUCGCAUUUUGGAACCCAUCGAAAGACAAGGACAGGAUAAUCGAGCGCACGUCAAUUGUCAAAGAUGUCGCUGUGCCGGCACGAUUCCCUCAUGAAAUCACAAUCCACCAAGGUCGCAUUGAACGGAUUCUGGAAACAGAUCUGCUUCGUUACUCGAAACGCGGCGUACAGCGAAAUACCAAACUGAUCGAUGUGAACAUCGAUGAGGAGGGCGAUGCCGAAUUUCCCGUAGUAGCCGAGCUGGAGACCGAGGGCUACCGUCGAACCGUGCGAACGAAAUAUUUGGUAGGCGCCGAUGGCGCUCACUCGGUCGUGAGACGCUCCAUGGGACUGAAGCUAGAGGGCGAGUCUCUGGAUCAUAUCUGGGGCGUAGUCGAUUUGGUUGUGGACACGGACUUCCCCGAUAUUCGUCGACGUUGUGCUAUUCACUCGCCUGCGGGGUCCGUUAUGGUGAUUCCUCGCGAGCGCAUAGCUAACGGUGACUACUUGACACGGUUAUACGUGCAGGUACCAGGAGAUGUCAAGCCAGACAGUGAUCAGCAAACGACUGAUAGUUCUAAUGUCACCCCGGCGGGGGAUGCGAGAGCUCGUCGUAGCCAAGUCACAGAAAAGACUAUUUUUGACAAUGCAGCCGCGGCAUUCAAGCCUUACUAUAUCCGCCCAAAGACAGAUAGUGCCGUGGAUUGGUGGGCAGCCUACCAGAUUGGUCAACGAGUUACGGACAAGUUUUCUGUCAAGGAUUCAAAAGGUGUUAGCAGAGUUUUCAUUGCGGGAGAUGCCUGUCACACACAUAGCCCCAAGGCUGGCCAAGGGAUGAAUGUAUCAAUGAUGGACUCCUAUAACUUAGCUUGGAAGUUGGCUUAUUGCAUCCACGGAUUGACUCCAGAGAGCGCUCAGGGACACCCCGACCCGAUCCUUGACACAUAUCACACUGAACGUCAUACCAUUGCUCAGGAAUUGAUUGAGUUCGAUCGAGCAUUUUCGUCAAUGUUCUCUGGAAAGAUUGGUGCCAGUGAAAAUGGCGUCGAAGGUCUGACACAUGAGGAGUUCCUGGAAGUUUUCGUCCGAGGAAACGGAUUCACUAGUGGUUGUGGAAUUGAGUAUCCCGAGAAUAUUGCAGUGGACCGGACCCUGGACGGCGAAAGCAGUCCAGUCAGCGGCACCGACUAUCUGUCCGGAAUUCUGCGACCGGGUCGGAGACUGCUAAACGUGCGUCUUGUCCGACAUGCAGAUGGUUAUCCCCGUGAUCUUCAAGACGACUUUGCAUCCACCGGCCGAUUCCGCAUCAUGUGCCUCACUUCAUCAGAUUUGCUUGAUCAAAAUGGAACAUCUUCCUUGACCCUGACCGCACUGGGUUCGAUCAUAUCGCAAUUCCCGCAAUCAGUCCUGGAGCAGGUGGUCAUUCACCCCCGCCUGCCGAGGGAAUUCAUGUGGAAUGAUAUCCCACACGAGGUGAAACAAUACUCAGAAAUGGCAUUUUACAGUGGGUAUGAGAUGGAUGAUGUAUAUGGCAUCUAUGGGGUUGAUCCAAGCAGAGGUGCGUUGGCUGUCGUUAGGCCUGAUGGGUAUGUUGGUCUUAUUGCCGAACUGGGUGAUGUGAAGCGUAUAGACGACUACCUGGCUAGAAUAAUUCGUCGAAACUAG